CAGCGUGAUAAAAGUAUCUUUAAAUUACGGGGUUAUUUUUAGUUUUACCGUCAGAUUUUUCUAACAUUUACAUGAAAUAAAAUUAAUUAAAGAGCUCUGUUUUUAUUAUCGUAGUUUUCAGUCAAGAGUAUGUUGUUUUCAGUUCUAUUUGGCCCAUUAUUAUGCGCACAAUGCUGCUACGUUUUUAAAUUCCCGAUGUCUUAGAAGGAAGCUCUAUACAGUCAGUGCUGCGUAACAUGCGCCGCAUUUGCUGACGUAUUACGUCACCAGAACGUUUCAAAAACGAUUUUGUGCGCCAUGUGUUAAACAGCAUGCUGCUGCUUUCAGAAAAUCAACUAAUUUUUUAUGCCUAAUUGUGUAUAAUUCGCAUGACAAUAUACAUAUGUAUAUAUAUUUAGGACUUUUGUCGCUGCAUGUCUUGUGUCCUUGAUGAGACAGCGAAUAAACAGUAGCCGUAAGUCCGCGAGUAAUGACGUCCUGACCGUGUUUACUUAAUCAUGUGGAGAAGAACACUGAGUUCAACAAACAGAUGUUUGAGGUGCAGGAGUGCUGGACUAAAGUGGAUUUGGAGCUUUCCUAGCAGGCGCAAGAGCAGCGCUCCAGGCUUACCUGCAGGCCAGAUCACAGCUCUUCAGGCAGUGGAUGUUUGGAGGAGACACUUUGAGGAGAACGGUGUUUCGGAGCCUGAGGUGUCCAGCCGGUACAUCGUCGCUCAUCUGCUUGGAGCUAAAACAAUGGAAAGUCUCGGGCGGGAGAGGUUAACAGAGUUCCUCAGCAGAGAAAAGACAGAGCAAGUGUGGAGGCUCUGCACCAGACGUCUUUCUAGGAUGCCGGUGCAGUACAUCAUCGAGGAGUGGGACUUCAGAGACCUAACGCUGAAGCUGAGACCUCCUGUGUUCAUACCAAGACCUGAAACCGAGGAGAUGGUUGAACUUGUGCUCACAGACCUGCGAAGGAAAUCCGGACCCGGACUGGGUUCAGAGUCCCAGCUGACAUGCGUGGAAGUGGGUUGCGGUUCUGGUGCCAUUUCUCUCAGCCUGCUGAAGAGUCUGCCUCAG